AUGGUGGUUAUGAACAAAAGCCAAAGAAUUCAAACACCAAUUCAAUCGAUCAGCCUGAAGCUUGUCACCAAAAUUCUGCUCCCUUUUUCACUUCUUUCUGCAAUAUUAUCAUGCCCUUUGUUAUGCAACUUCCAAGCUUUGGCAUAUAGUUUACAGCUCUUCAGUUUCAGUGUCGGCAAGACUUACAUGUUUGUGCUUUGCAAUGGACUUAUUUUUUUCAUUGCCACUGGCUCUGGUUUGAUCGGUAGUUUUGGGGUGGAGUCAGAUGUUAAAGCCGACAGGACGGCGAGGAUCAAAUUAGAGGUUGAAUCAUCAGAGCCAAAAGGGUCCAUUUUGAAAUCAGAAGUUGAUCAUAGAGAAGAACUGCCACCCUCGGUUGUAGAAGAUGAAGGCGAAGAAGAAAGAUGGAAUGAGCUUGUUUCAGUCGAUGAAGAUGAAGAUGAAGAUGAAGCACUUGGGUUGAUGAGUAAUGAAGAGUUAAACAAGAAGUGUGAAGAUUUUAUUAGGAGAAUGAAAGAAGGGAUUCAAUUUGAAGCUCGCAACCGAUUAUGUUUCAAAAAGUAA